AUGGGCUGUGGCUCCGGCAUGAGGCCUGGCUUUCGCCUCCGGCUCCAGCCAGUGAUAAUGGAGAAAAGUAAAUCAUUUCCAGAUUACUCACCUUCAUACAUAGAAGCCAGGUUUGGGUUUGAAGACAGAACCAAGUCAUAUAGCUUCAACGGACCCGGGAACAAUCCGGAGGUGAAGAGGAGAAAAAGGGUUGCAUCCUAUAACCUGUACACCGCGGAAGGUAAGCUCAAAUCCUCAUUGAGGAACAGCUUCAAGUGGAUCAAGAGCAAGUUCACAGUCACAGAUAACUUCUAUGAUUCAUGAACUGUAUACCGAUAGCGAGUGCUCCCCUUCACCUUUCAGCUCCCUGCUGUUAUACUAUCAAGGGGAAGUUUCUCCAUCGUCAGACAUGUUAGUGUGUGUAUUGAAAUUUUGUGCAUCAAUUAUGAAUUCGAAUAUGCUAUAAUGGGUUUCCUUUUAUUUUUUUUCCUAUUCAUCUUUACUGAGCAUCGAUGGACCUCAUCUGCAUUAUGCAUCAGUAUGAUGGUUAACUGUAAUACUAGGCUGGCCAGGUCACAGAAAUUAAUGUAUGUGCAGAUAUAAUCAUGAUUUACACCUGAGGCAUUCGCCAGGGUGGGGGUGAGGGGAGGAGGGGGGAACCAGAACUGCAUUUCUUCUAUAAUACGAG